AUGUUCCGCCGGUACGACGUCGACCGCAACGGCGAGCUCGACCUCGGGGAGGCGACGACGGCGCUGGGCGACCUCGGCGUCCUCGAGGGCGUCCUCGCGUCCGCGGCCGCGGAGCUGUUCGACGAGUUCGACGUCGACGGCGACGGGACCGUGGGUCUGGACGAGUUCGAGCGGCUCGUGGCGAAGGUGUCGACGCUCAGAGGGAGCCUGGACGCGGCGCCGAAGGCUUCGGUGCCGGAGGGUUUCGCGACCACCGCGGGCGCGCUCGCGUUGCGCGCGUCGUUCGAGGCGUUCGCUCUGUACGGGAAGGGCUCGAACCCGGACCCGAUGUACAAGGAGAUGCUAUCGUCGCGGGAUUACAUGAAGAUGAUGGUCGACUGCGGGCUCAUCGGCGGCGCGGUGACGACGACGGUGGUGGAUCUGAUAUUCACGCGUCUCACCGUCGCCAAACAGAAAGAUUUGCGCGCCGCGCGCGUGCGUUGGGACGACGGCUCGUUCUUCGAAGCGCUCGCGGCGGUCGCGGUCGAGCACAAGGCGACGUUCGGGCAGGUGGUGUCGCGCGUGUCGCAGUGCCGCCCGCAGUCGAACGUCAAGGAGGACUUCAAGAUCACCGGCGCGGCGGACGGCAAGAAGGAACGCGUCGCCGCGGCGUCGGCGCUCGACGCGGCGCAGCAAGCCAACGGCCCGGCGCCGCCGCCCGAAGCGCUGACGGAGGCGAACCUGCUCCACAUCUUCAACAAGUACGCGGAGGAGUACCAGACCGGGGACGUGUUAACUCCCGUGGACGCGCUCCACGCGUUCGCGGACGUGGGGCUGCUGCGGCGCAUGCCGCUGGAGGUGUCGCAGACGGCGGUCACCAACGCCAUCGCGGACACCGCGGCGAACGGCGGCGCGGACGCGCGCGUCGCGUUCGCGCCCUUCUUGGCGUCCGCGCGUGACCUCGCCGCGGCGCGACCGCUCACGAAGUACGCCCCCCCGGGCAUGGACGUGCGCGCGGGGGAGUCCGUCGCGGAGAUGCAUCUGCAGAUUGGCCAACGCGAGGCGCUGUUCGCGGCGUUCAGGGCAUUCGGCGGCGGCCCCCGCGGCAUGACGCCUUCGGAUUGGAACGGUCUCGUGAACGCGUGCGGGCUCAUCGGCACGAAGCUCUCCGAGGCGUCCGCGGCGGUCGUCUUCGCGAAGUGCAAGCAGGGCGCGGGGUUGGGCGUCAUGGCGCCCAAGGCGAUGAGCUUCGAGGGGUUCGUGCAGGCGUGCGCGCACGUCGCGCAGGAGUACGACGUCGCGUUCGACGUCGUCGCUCAGCGCGUCGUCAAGUGCGCGCCGGAGACUCCGAAGAAUGGGUCUGAUGAGAUAACCGCGGAGGACGCCGUCGCGGACGCGGCCGCCGGCGGGGACGUCGCCGCGAGCGCGACGAUGGCGAGCGCGGUCGCGGCGAAGACGGGCGGCGUCCCGACGACGGCGGAGGAAGCCGCCGACCGCGACCCGGACGACGUGCCCAUUCUCCCCGUGCCCGUGAGCGUCCCGUCCGAGAUGCGAGACGACGCGCCGUUGCGCGCGGCGUUCGCCAUGUUCGCGACGCACGACCGGGAGGACGUCCACCCGGAGAUGGAUCUCGAGGGGUGGGCCGCGCUCGUGCGAGGGUGCGGGCUCAUCGGCGGCGAGGUGACGGAGGAUUUGGCGCGGGAGAUUUGGUCGCAGGUGGUGUUCGGCGUGCCAGGCGCGCCGCUGGACACGGCGCACGGGCGGAUGCGGUGGGGGAAUUUUUUGCCCGCGUGCGCCGUCGUCGCCAAGGCGCACGGGGUCAUCUUCGAGGUGGUCGCCUCGAGGCUCACCGCCGUCGCCGCGCGGCAGGAGGCGGCCGCGUACGAGGCGCGGCGGGAGGCGGAGGCGAGCGGGAGGAUCGGGACGUCGCUUCGCGACGACGGCGGUCUCGUGGAGAAGGCGGCGUCGCAGCGGAGCGUCCGGAAGCUCGACAGCAUGUUCAAGGAGGAGAGCUCGAGGAGCAAGAAGGAGGCGAAAGCCGCCGCGAAGGCGGCGGCGAAGGCGGAGAAGGAGGCGAAGAAGGCUGCGAAGAAGGCUGCCAAGGGGAAGUGA